UUACUCUUCCAAUACAGAAACUUUUGGUUAAAGCCAUGGAAUUGGAGAGGGGAUUUCCAUUGCUAAAACAGCAGUACAAAGCUUUAUUAAAGAAGAAUUUUAUAGUGGCAUGGAGGAACAAGAGAGCCACAUUCCUUCAGUUAUUCUCAUCCCUCUUCUUGAUAUUCCUUCUUUUUAUAAUCCAAAAAGCAAUAGAAGCUCGCUUUUCUUCUUCCUCCUCUUACGAGAACGUGCGGGACCCACAACCGUUAGUGUCGCCGCCAAUCCCGCCCUGUGAACAAAAGAACUUCAUCCGUCUCCCCUGCUAUGAUUUUGUUUGGAGUGGUUCUCAGAGUCCAAAAAUCGGGCAGAUUGCGAGCAGAAUUAUGGCUAAUAAUCCUGGCCGGUCUAUUCCUACCUCUAAGGUUCUGUCAUUUAGAACACGAGAUGAAGUGGAUGAAUGGCUUUUCAAAAACCCUAUGCGUUGUCCUGGAGCUCUGCACUUUGUUGAAAGGAAUGCUAGCAUAAUCAGUUAUGGCAUACAGACAAACUCCACUCCUGUUGUCAAACGAGGAGUCUUUGAAGAUCCAACUUUUAAAUUCCAAAUCCCACUUCAACUGGCAGCAGAACGUGAAAUUGCAAGAUCUCUGAUUGGAGAUCCAAACUUCAGUUGGGUUGUCAGUUUCAAAGAAUUUGCACAUCCUGCUUUUGAAGUUUUCUCAGCCUUGGGUGCUGUUGGGCCUACCUUUUUCUUGGCUGUUGCUAUGUUUGGCUUUGUCUUCCAAAUCAAUGUUUUGAUCAUUGAAAAGGAACUCAAACUUCGGCAGGCAAUGACUAUGAUGGGUCUCUAUGAUACUGCCUACUGGUUGUCAUGGUUCACAUGGGAGGGAUUCAUCACACUUAUCUCCUCUCUUCUCAUAGUUCUCUUUGGGAUGAUGUUUCAAUUUGAGUUUUUCUUGAACAACAGUUUUGCCGUCGUGUUUCUCCUUUUUUUCCUUUUCCAGCUUAAUAUGAUUGGUUUUGCAUUCAUGCUGUCUGCUUUUAUUAGCAAGUCAUCUUCAACAACAACUGUGGGUUUCUUCACAUUUAUUGUCGGUUUCAUGACUCAGCUUGUCACAGCAUUUGGAUUUCCCUACAGCAAAAAAUAUUCCAAAUCUUAUAGGAUCAUUUGGUCAUUGUUCCCACCAGAUCUUCUUGCUCAAGGUCUUCAGUUACUUGCUGAUGCAACUGCCACUCCUGAAGAUCCUGGUGUCAGCUGGAGUGGUAGGACAAAAUGUGCUUUUAAUGAUACCGAGUGUGUAAUAACUAUGAAUGAGAUUUACGUAUGGCUCGUGUCAACAUUCUUUCUGUGGUUUGUUCUUGCUAUUUACUUGGACAACAUAAUUCCGAAUGUUUCUGGUGUGAGAAAAUCAAUGUUCUACUUCUUGAAUCCUGGAUACUGGACAGGCAAAGGUGGAAAUAAGGUGAAAGAGGGGGGUAUUUGUAGCUGCACAGGUUCAGUGCCGUCCCUGGAUAGUAUUAUACCAGAUGAUGAAGAUGUUCUUGAAGAAGAGAACAUUGUUAAACGCCAAGCUACGCAAGGUGAAGUUGAUUCUGAUAUUGCAGUUCAACUACAUGGCCUUGUAAAGAUAUUUCCAGGAACAGCAAAGAUGGGCUGCUGUAAGUGCCAAAGGAAAUCUCCUUAUCAUGCCCUCAAGGGCUUAUGGGUGAAUCUUGCAAAGGAUCAGCUAUUUUGUCUUCUUGGGCCGAACGGAGCUGGAAAAACUACUGCUAUUAAUUGUUUGACUGGGAUUACACCUGUUACUGCAGGAGAUGCACUAGUAUAUGGUCAGUCUAUAAGAAGCUCUACGGGCAUGUCAAACAUUCGAAGGAUGAUAGGGGUUUGUCCCCAGUUUGAUAUUCUUUGGGAUGCAUUGUCCGGUCAAGAACACCUGCAUCUUUUUGCCAGCAUUAAAGGUCUACCCACUGCUUUAGUAAAAGAGGUCGUAGAGAAGUCACUAGCCGAGGUAAAACUCACAGACGCAGCCAGAAUGAGAGCUGGUAGUUACAGUGGAGGAAUGAAACGACGCCUCAGUGUUGCUAUAGCACUUAUUGGUGAACCGAAAUUGCUCAUUUUGGAUGAACCGACUACUGGUAUGGAUCCAAUAACUAGAAGACAUGUCUGGGAUAUAAUUGAGGAUGCAAAAAAAGGGCGUGCUAUUAUACUGACCACUCAUUCAAUGGAAGAAGCUGACAUCUUAAGUGACCGUGUUGGUAUCAUGGCAAAGGGUAGACUUCGUUGCAUUGGAACUUCAAUAAGAUUGAAAUCAAGGUUUGGAACUGGUUUCAUUGCUAAUGUAAGCUUUUCUGGUGGGACAAACGGGACUCCUGAAACAGGAGAUACUUUGAGUACAUCUCAACCUGAAGCUGUGAAACAGUUCUUUAAAAGUCGCUUGGACGUGGUACCUAAAGAGGAAAACAAGUCCUUCUUAACCUUUAUUAUUCCCCAUGACAAGGAGAAGUUGUUGACGGACUUCUUUGCUGAGCUUCAAGAUAGAGAGAAGGAAUUUGGCAUUACAGAUAUCCAGCUUGGUCUUACAACUCUUGAAGAAGUUUUUCUAAACAUUGCUAGACAGGCAGAACUGGAAGAUGUUGCUGAAGGAAGCUUCGCGACUCUUACUUUAAAUUCCGGGCUCUCACUUCAAAUACCUAUAGGAGCAAGAUUUGUGAAAGUCCCAGGAACAGAAUCUGCUGAGAAUCCUAUAGGUACUAUGGUAGAAGUGUACUGGGAACAAGAUGAUUCUGGUUCACUCUGCGUUUCUGGUCAUUCACAAGACAUGCCAAUACCAGCUCAUGUUCAACUAAGAGAUCCUCCUGCAGCCACUUCUGGUAGAGGCUUUUUACGAAGACGAAAACAAAUUCAUGGAAUUGUGAUUGAUCCUGCACAGAUUACGGAUGCAAGUUCAUAAUAACGGUAGACUUAAUAGCCACAGUAAGUUAAAAGGUUUUACAUAACUAUUUUUGUGUAUAGGUGAUUUGAUGUAAAACUUGGAGUAUCUGUUCAUCAUCAGAACAUCUUUUUUGUAUGUUGUAGCGUCGUUUUUGGUUAACAUUAAUUUAUCUGUAUAUUACUAUCCCAAAGAUAAAUGCAGAAAGAGUUUUGAUACAAACAGUAA